CGAUCGCGCUGAUUGCCCUUUUUGCCUUACUAGGUCAAGGCCAGACCGCUCACACACCAGUCUGUCGCCGAGUUCAGUCGAAGACACACCGUGCCGUCCGUGGUCGCUGCAUACGCUUUGAUUCUUCAUACGUACUCGUUUCCAAUUUUAUAUACUUACCUAGUGUAAACCGAAUUUAUAAACUUAAAGAUUACUAUUUAUAUACUUACCUAUUUUUAUAUAUUUAUCACCGUGAAAUAAACCGAAUUUGUAAUCUUAUAACUUAUAAUUCGUUAUUAAUCCUUUUUUGAUAUCAUCAGCGAUCAUCAACACGCAAGUUUUUUUUCGUAAUUUCCGAUAAACGAGCAUCUCGGCCAAUCUUUUUUCUAUUUUUUAUACAUAAAUUUAAUAAAUUAUAAUUAAAAAUAAUUAUCUAUUCAAAACGUUAUACCAUUAAAGCCAAAUAUCCUUUGGUGAAACCCUUUCGAAGGGAAUGCGUUAAAGUGUAAAUUGAAAUAAACGAAAAGCAAAGAAGCAAAAGACAACACCACUUAUUUUAUUUCUUCGGUAUUUGUAAAAAGGCGAGUGUAAGAUUUUAGACAUGGUCCUUCGAGCCUAAAAGACAGGCACCAAUGAAAAUUAAAAAUAAAACAUUAACUCAGUGACCAAUAAAUAAAAACAACACAUGAAGUGAAGUGCAAUAUAAAAAAUACACAAUACAAACCUAAAAGUUUAGUGAAGCUCCAGUGAAACAAAUGUGCAUAUUCUGAGGAAACAUAAAAAGAAGCCAAAUACAAAAUUUUUGUGCGUAUAUACACAGUGUGGUGAAAUUACAAAAUAUACCUUGAUAAGUACAGUGUUAAGUACAAGAAGAGAAGAAUAAAGUGGAGUGCAAAUUAAUAGAGAAGGUCAGUGACCCAUAAAAUACAUACAUAUGAAGAGAGUGUAAGGUGAAGUUCUGUGCGAAAAGGAAAAACUACAAAACAUAAUAUAAAUACAUAUACCCAAACAAAAAAAAAAAGAAAAAAAAAACGGGCGCGAAAUCUAAUACAAACAGAAUAAUCACCACAAAAAACGCAAAAUCAACUCAACUAAUUGGAGCAUCAGGAAAAGAGGAAAUUAGGAACAACUUCGCCACAUCCCAAAUUAACACCCACACGGACUUACAUAUCUAUCUAGCCAAUACCCAAUACCCCUGAGGAAAUUCAAAGUAAAUAUGGAUAGCGAUAUGCCCACAGCACCAACGCCAGCCGUUCGGUCAACGAUCCACGUGACACGCCCGGGGCCCGCUCCAGCUCCUCGAACCCCUGCGGCCAUAGCGCCACCAACCGCUGCCCGUGCAUCACGCGCGAACCCGACGCCGGUGCCAGCAGCUCCGCAGCGCACCCGAUGCCCACUUUGUCGGCGCCCACACCGAUUGCCACACUACAGCAUCUUCAAGAAGAUGCUACCACCGCUACGACAGCAGAUCGCCCAGGCACAUGGCCACUGCUUGAAUUGCUUGGCGACUACCCACUCCACGCCGGAGUGUACUUCAAGCUAUGGGUGCCAAAUAUGCAUGCGGCCGCAUCACACCCUCCUACAUCGCGAGGGGCAACCUGCCCCCCGCAACCGUGGUACGAACCAACGCCCGCAGUCGAACCAUGUUGCACGAAGGCAACCACGGCACUCAGAUAAUCGACGCUCACACUAUGGCACAUUCACACGCCGCCGUCCACACAGGUCGCCGUCCCGUCGGUCCACUGGGCUCAGCAAUGUGGUGGCUACUUUACAACAACUGCAACGACUACUAGGCUAAUUACUCGCCUAGGGGGGCCGGGAUGUCUAAAUGAGUCUUAGCACCCUCAACCCAACACACCAAUACACCAUUACACCACAUUUUCACUCAACCACACAACACUGACACGGCACAUUCACCACACUCCCCACAUCAUCACAUCACCACUUAACUUCCAGAUCAGUAUACCACGCCUACAUCACACAUAAGAACACCACCCCAAAAGGAACAAAAAGAAGGAGGAGCGAUCGCGCUGAUUGCCCUUUUUGCCUUACUAGGUCAAGGCCAGACCGCUCACAUACCAGUCUGUCGACGAGUUCAGUCGAAGACACACCGUGCCGUCCGUGGUCGCUGCAUACGCUUUGAUUUUUCAUACGUACUCGUUUCCAAUUUUAUAUACUUACCUAGUGUAAACCGAAUUUGUAAACUUAAAAAUUACUAUUUAU